CGGAACAAUCACCACCUCACGUGACUUCACCAUGGAGUAUCUAAUCCCUCUGCCGUUAGAUGGCGCCACGAAAGAGAAAGUUACUCGCGAAAUCUAUUUUACCAACCAAACAAAAUGGAGUACUAUUAAAAAUAGUUAUGUGUACAUUUCAUUCAUUGGAAAACCUGUGUUGGAAAACGUAACAAAGUAGCAAAAUAAAUCGUAUUUUGUUUAGUGCAGUAGUGGCCUAUUUUUUUAAACAUUUUCGUAGUGCGAAUAUCGAAAACAUGUUAAUUUUCUUUACGGACUUAAAUACAAAUCGCGAAGUGUUUGUGCCUGUGAUUAUUUUGAUAUGAAAACCUGGUCGAAAUUAAAUCCCUAAUGAAAAACCCUGUUAAAAUAUGUUUAUUGGGAAAUACCUCCAACUUGGUCAGUGUUAUAUGCAAAUUUGCCCAGUAAAUAAGUUUAAUCUUUAAGGAAAAACAAUUUAAGGCAGCUAUUUUAUGAGUCUGAUGUCCUACUCUCAGGAAUUUUAAAGAAGCUUCCAGUCUGAUUGUCUUUUAGUUAAGUGGAAAAAGUAUGAUGUGAUGUUUAGAAGUUGUGCCCUAGAAAAGUAAUGACCAGCCAAAAUUCAUCAUUUACACAGAGAUACCAACCCUACAUUUUCGACCAGUACCGCCAACCUGAUGGUCAAUGGGAUACCUCAUCGACCACCACCACCAGCCCUCCUACCGUUCCUGCAAGGGGUAUAAAACGAAGUACCCCAAGCGAAGUUACCCGUCCAUAUGAGGAGUCAUCUUGGAUGGCUCCUCAAGACUUACCCCACCACAUGGAUAACAAUGUAUUAAACGAGCAGUGCAAUUUACUAUUAAGGACCCAGAACAAUAUGAAUGUUAGUCCUUCUGAGGGGGGAAACAUUAAAAAUCAAAUAAUUACCUCAGAGCAUGAUGUCAACGUCAAUCGUGUUCAGAGUCCUUUGAGGACUAAUUCCAAAUACGCUACAACACCUUGGUUUCAUGGUAAAAUAUCUAGAGAAGAAGCCGAAGCCUUACUAAGACCAAGAACUGAUGGCCUAUUCUUAGUAAGAGAAUCCACAAAUUUUCCAGGAGACUAUACACUGUGUGUAUGUUUUCAAUCCAAAGUAGAACAUUAUCGAGUUAAAUCUCACGGCAAUAAAUUGACAAUAGACGACGAGGAAUAUUUUGAUAAUUUAGAAGAACUGAUUGAGCAUUAUAAAAACGAUGCAGAUGGUCUUUGUACGAAAUUAGUAUGUGAACCUAUUGGAAAGGGUGAAUUUUGCGAAGUAAUGUUGGGAAAAUGGAAAAAUCAAAAAGUUGCAGUGAAAGUACUGAAAGAUUCGAGUGAAGCCGAGGCUAUUUUAAUGAAAUCUCUACACCAUGAAAAUUUAGUAAACUUAUUGGGAAUCGUUAGAAAAAAAGAUCAAAUCUAUCUUGUGACUGAAUACAUGAGUAAAGGAAGUUUGGUUGAUUAUCUUCGUUCCAGAGGACGACUGCAUGUUUCGAAAAAAGACCAAAUUAAUUUUGCUUUUGAUACUUGUUCAGGUAUGGAAUACUUAGAAAAAAUGCACGUCGUGCACAGAGAUCUGGCAGCUCGGAAUGUUCUCAUAGCAGAAAAUGGCCGAGCUAAAGUUUCGGAUUUCGGUUUGGCACGGAACGAAAAAAAUGCCACGUCGGAAUCGGCAAAGUUGCCCAUCAAAUGGACAGCACCUGAGGCUCUCAAACAUAAUAAAUUCUCAAAUAAAUCCGAUAUGUGGAGUUUUGGAAUUUUGCUCUGGGAAAUAUAUUCCUUUGGUCGGGUUCCUUAUCCCAGAAUACCUUUAGUUGAUGUAGUCAGACAUGUUGAAAAUGGUUAUAAAAUGGAAGCUCCCGAAGGUUGUCCUUCCGAAAUUUACCAGAUAAUGAGACAGGUAGAUAAUGCGUUUUUAAUUAUUUAUAAAACGAAGUAUUACGAUAUGGGAGUGCAAGAUUUACAAUUUUUUCUGGAAAGCCCCGCAGUAGAUGGUGGCGUUCACCCUGUCGAUUUGCUAAAAGUUGCUAGAAAUAUCAGCCAGCGUCAGCAACCUCAUAACACCAAUCGAAAAAUCAGGCCCGUAACUAACAAUAACAAAUUGAAACUUAUCGUAGAUGCUGAAAAUUGUCUCGAUAGAUUGUAUGGAGGAUAUUAUUCAGAUUGGGCAUGUGGUGGGCAAUGGAACCGUAUGGUUCAAUAUUUAUCUUUACUUUGUGGAGCUCUCGACCAGGGUAACAUAGAACUAGCUGUAGUGUUCAAUGGUACCAUCGAGCAAUGCCGCAUGGAAGAAUGGAUAGCCGAACAAGAAAAUUCACGUUACAGAAUUGCAAGUGUAUUGAAGCAUGUGAAUAUUAAGGGGACACCUCCACCGAAAGUAUGGUGGACGCCACCAAUUAGCUUAAGAUCAGCUUUGAGGAUGUGCCUGAGACAUUUGGGAGUCAGUGUGAUGUGCACGAUGGAUGAUCAUCAUCAAGAAGUGAUAGCUUAUUGCCGGGAAUAUGGUUUCCAUGGUCUUUUAGCAGAUGAUGCCGAAUAUGCCGCAUUUGAUCCACCUCGUUAUUUUUCGUCAGAAAGUUUGAAAUUGACUUAUAAGAGCUCCAUUGAAACCAAAGAAUACAUGCUAAGUUCGAUGACUAAAGCCCUAAAUGUCACCCAAGAGCAGAUUUGCAUAAUGGCAGCUCUGUUGGGUAAUUUUUUGUUGCCCGAAAUUGAAUUGCAAGAUUUGUACAAGAGGAUAAAUUUGGUUAAAAAUGAAGAAAAUAACCCUGAAAAUACUGUGAGAACUUUAGCUGAUUUUGUACGCUUCUUGCCUCCCCCGUCUUCUAACAUGGAUGAUUUGGUAAUUUCUGUGUUUGGCUCGUUGGACGACAAGCGAGCCGCUAGAUUUAGGCAAUCAGUUCAGUAUUAUCUCAAUGGCACGGCCAGCGGGUUUUUGAGAUAUUGUGCUCCUGUUAAACCAAAACAGAAGCAUAUCGAGAAGAAACCAGUGCAGGUGCCAAAACCAGAACAACAAGACUUGGACGAGAGUGGAUUCGCCUCAGAAACAUCAGAACAACAAAGGGAAACUUUACAAAACUACAAUUUACUUACUGCAAGCAAUAGCAUCGAAUCUUCUGGCUUUACUGAAAUGGACAUGCUAAUCAAAUCAGCAGAAGAAACCUUGGUGGCCUCUAUUUUAGAUGAUUCGCCCACCUCAGAAACAGCUCAACAUGUCAACGGCGUCUCCAAUGGCUCACCUGGCCCCAUCGAAUCACCUGAAUCAGAUAAAUCCGACCCAACACAAAAAGUCAGCAAUGCGGCCUCGACUUCUGAUAUUCCUUGUCCACCAAGGCAGAGUAAAAAAUGUAAAUCAAAUAUUGUAACUCCAAAUGUAUCACAUGAUGUCCUGCGUACAGCCACUUUGCGUCACCAGAAAGGCCUAAUGGAUCCAAAUAUCCUGCAUGUUUUGAGCACUCAAGAAGUUAGAUUGCCUUGUCUUUUGGAAGACGAUGUUCAUCGCGAAUUCCCACCUAUUCAUGAAAUUUAUAUGCCUUUAAGACAGAACGCUUAUGCCAUUCUAUUUAAUUUGCAUCAUUUAAGAUAUGUGUAUUCUAAGAAAAAAGAAAAGGGAGAAAUUCCAGAUGGUGUUCCACCCCCAGACGUUAUUGUGAAAGAAUGGAUUUUCAGCCGUUUGAAUCCUUAUGAACACCCUGUGGAAGUCAAGGCCGAACCUUUACGUUGGGGCGUGCCGACUUUACAAAGACUGUGGUUUGGGCCUUCUGUAGAUGAUAAACGUAGAAGGAUGCGUGCCUUUUUGUCAUGCCUCAAUUGUGAUACACCAUUGAUUCUGAACACUUCUUAUGUUCCUCAGCAUAUGUUGAUUAUGGCUUGUGUUCUGAGAUACAUAAUGUCCCAAGGAGCGAUUGUCAGACGAAAUGAACUUGACGCCUUUUUGUGCCAAGCAUUUAAUCCUCAUUUAAUGAAUGUUCAGUAUUUACAAGAAUUGACUUUAAAUGUUGUUACAACUCGUGGUGUUCAAUUAGCCGCCCUUUUCAUGGAAGGUGUAAACAUGGCUAUAAUGGCAAAUGACGUUUGCGGAGCCCCGCUGCCUUGGCUCAUGUGCUGCCCCUGGUUAUAUUUCGAUGGAAAACUGUUUCAUUACACUUUGGCCAGAUCUACUCACGCUAAAAACAUCCUGGAAGUUUGUGAUAAUUACAUUGAGCGUGUAGUAAAAGUCGAGCGCAUGAGGAAAGCCAUUUUGGAGGGUCUAGAUAUAAAGUUUUCCAAGCCACCGCAGCCCUUUAUAGCCGGACCUCCUUUACUGCGUCCAGGCAUUCCUGGUGCGUAUUUGCCAAGUUUAUCUUUGGCUAGAGUGAAUCAAGGUAGAGGAAGGCCAAUUCCUUCAAGAGGAGGGCAGUUACAAGUUGCCGGCGUUGUAGUCGGUUCUUGGGGAGCCAAUUAUGGGUUCCAGAACAAUAUUAGGCAUACUCAGAAUCAGCAAAUGCUGCCCGAUGGGUUGCCAGCAUUCAGGGGUGGUAGAGAAUGGGGUGGAGGUGCUCCAAAUUCUGGAGGAUAUGGACGGGGCAGAAAUAAUCAGAGGCCGGGAAUUACAUAUCCGGUCAAUCAAAGGAAAAAUCAACAGUCAGUUCGGAAAGAUCUUGAUGAUCAGCAAGAAUCAUGGGCUGCAGAAGUUAUGGAAAUUAAAAGAUCAUUUAAUGAAAACCGUAACGAGGGCGUGUCCGAUGAGCUAACGCGUGCCGGUGAACCCUCCCAGUUACCUUUGAGUGGUGAUUGUAGGGAAUCUAUGUCCGAGUUCAUGUCUGAAUUGAAGGGAGAAAUCUUGGAGGGGUUGAAUGCGCAGGCAGUAACCAUUGAAUCUCAUCUAUCCCGAGUCGCGGACAACAUAGUUUCUGCAAACAAAGACCUAGUUAGAUUCUUGACAGAUGGGGGAGCAUCUAAUGCUGCCCAUCAAGGAAUUUUGAAAGAGGGCACAGGAAUAGUAAUCUCACACGACCUAACUGAAGACCAAAGGGCAACUCAGAAAGUUCUCCGUAGGCAUCUUAACAAGCUCAAAAGCGAAUCUGACGAAAAGGUCUACAUUAAGGGAGAUAAGUUAUACACCGAAAGCGGUAUAAUCCUAUCAGUUGACGAUAUUGUAUUUAUUGAAGAAAGCCAAGAAACUGUUGAAGAAGUGCCAAAAAUCCAACAGAAACCGGAUCAAAAAGCUUUUAGAACCCCUAGACUAGAGAUAAAGGCAAAAACCUCUGGAGACAAGAUUUUGGCAAAUAUUGGUUCUAGAAUUGAAAAGAAGAAAACCUUAAGAUGA